AUGUCGUUUAAAGAAAUACCCAUUUUGGAUUUGUCCAAAGCGUACGAUGCAAAUACGAAGCCGGAAUUUUUGGCAGAAUUGAGAGAUGCGCUUCUUAACGUUGGAUUCUUCUUACUCAAGAACUACGAAGGCUAUGGUCCCAGCUCAAGUGAUUUCACUGAUAUUUCUAAAGAAGCGGUAGAAUUCUUCAAACUCCCAGACGAAGUAAAGUCCAAGAUUGAAAUGAUCCAUUCCCCGCAUUUUCUUGGUUAUACCAGAUUAGCUAAUGAAAUAACAGCUCUGCAGACUGAUUGGAGAGAACAGGUUGAUUUGGGGACUGAACUUCCUGGUCCUAAAGAAGGAGAUCCCAUUUAUAAGAAUAUCGAAGGCCCGAACCUUUGGCCAGAUUCCCAAUAUGCUCCUAAUUUCAGGCCAGUUAUCGAGAACUAUAUAAGCAAGAUGAGUCAGCUUUCUGCAAGUGUCAGGAAACUUGUGUGUGAAGCAAUUGGAUUGGACGCCCUGGCAAUGGAUCUGUACUUUAAGCCCAACCAGCAGGCGAAAAUGAAACUUAUAGCAUACCCAGAUACUUCAGAGCUCUCUGACAAAACUUCGGUUGCAUUGCCACAAGACACCCCUGUAAGUAAGCAAGGUGUCGGGCCCCAUAGGGAUUCGGAUCUCUUGACGUUUAUCCAUCAAGUGACACCACACCAAAACCUGUUACAGGUACAAAACUUUCAAGGUGAAUGGAUCACUGUUGAAAAUAUUCCCAGGACUUUGGUUGUCAAUGCUGGCCAAACUUUGGAAGCAAUUACUCAAGGUGUCUGUAAAGCUACCAUUCACAAAGUUUUAAUCCCGGAAGCUGGUUCAGGUACCAGAAUAUCUGUUCCCUUCUUCCAGACUAUCGACCUCGACCUGAAAAAGAGUGCAAUCGGAAAUAUUCCACCGGAGAUUUUACAGUUGAAAGAGGAAAGGGACAAGAAAAUAGCUGGAUGGGGUGUAGACGUAGGGUUCCAAUUCAAGCCUGAUAUUUCAAAGAACCCAGUUGGAUAUGCAGUAUUUAGGAAUAGAAUCAAGUCUCAUCAGGAUGUUUCUGCAAGAUGGUACCCCGAGAUUUUGAAAGAAGUCUUAGCAGAAUACGAAAAGUAG